AGAAAUGGACGUGGAAGAACUACGGGAGCUUUUCAUUGCUGAGCCGGACUUCUGCCCCUCGUGUGGCGCUAUACUGAUUCUUCCACUGGCUGGUGAAACUGUCACUUGUAAAUUGUGUACAUUCAGUAUAUCUAUAAGUAAUUUAAUUGGUCGAGUAACAGAGUACUCUAUGGAUAUAACACCCAGAGGAGCUUACUUAGCACUGAAGAUGGAUCUUAAUAAAGGGAGUGAGCUGGGUCAGAUGGAUAAUGAUCGAGAAUGUAGUAAGUGUGGUAACCUCGGCAUGUACUACACUACAAUGCAGUUAAGAUCAGCAGAUGAAGGACAAACCAUUUUUUACAUCUGUUCAAAGUGCAAGUAAGUUCAAUAUUGGCAUGAAACACUGAU